AUGUCUUCUAUACUGCGGGGGAUCAAGGAGCUGCGCGACAUGCGCAAGGAGCUCAAGCAGAGCAUAGCAGACGGGACCUUUGGCCGCUUCUCGGACGACGACGACGACGACGACAGCGUGACGGUCCCGACGGCGGAGGACCUCCGAACCGAGCCCAGCAGCAACCCGUUCAUCCAGCUCGUCAUGCCAGGCUACGAGCGCACGCUCCGCGAGGCGCCGCACGACUGGACGACGGACCCGCUGAUAACCUCGCGCGGCCCGGUGGCGUACGAACCGCUGAGCGCGGCGGACUGCCAGAUCCGGGUGUUGACGGUCCUGCCGGCGGCGGAGAGCGGCGGGGCCGGCGACGCGAGCGCCCCGAUCCGCUGCGAGCUCGAGACGGUCAGCCUGCUGGCGCCGGCGGUCGAGGGCUACACGGCACUGAGCUACAUGUGGGGCGGCGGGGGCGAGGGCGGCGAGCGCAGGACGGUGGCGGUGGACGGGCGGCUGUUCCAUGCGACGCCGAACCUGCACGCGGCGCUGCGGGAGCUGCGGGCCCGCGGCCACCGGAGGCUGUGGAUCGACGCCGUCUGCAUCAACCAGGCGGACCGCGAGGAGCGCUCGCAGCAGGUGCUGCAGAUGCGCUCCAUCUACGCCCGCGCCGCCAAGACGCUCGUCUGGCUCGGGCCCGAGUCCGCCACCAGCAACCUGGCCAUGCAUCUGCUCAACGUGCUGUCCGCGCCGCCGGGGGACUUUGGCACGGGCCAGAAGAGGUCCUACAGGGAGGCUGUCAAGGGGAGGUAUCUGCCCGAAGUGAGAGAGGUUGGCGGCGAUGAUGGGCGGCAGGGACAGCGGCAGCAGCAGGAGCAGCAGAAGCAGCAGAAGCAGCAGACGACAAAGACUGGUUCUCCCGGCAACGGCCUGGACCAAGGCCUAUACGCCGACGCGUGGCUGGCCUUUGACGAGCUGUUUGACCGCGAGUACUGGCGGCGCAUGUGGAUCAUUCAGGAGAUCACCGUGUCUCGGGACAUUGACAUCAUGUGCGGGUUCGAGACCAUCAGCUGGAAGAAGCUGGAGGUGGCGUUCUGGGGAGGGCCGGACAAGGGGCUGAAUCCAAUGUUCGACCCGACGGUUGGCGUCGACUUCAGCCGCCCCCCGAGACGCACGGGGGAGAUGUUUGACUUUUGGGGCUGGAGAAAAGCCAUCGCGGGCGGCCAGCCCAAGACGCUGCUGAAGGCCAUGUUGGACUGUCGAUCCUCCAAGGCUACGGAUCCGAGAGACCACAUCUACGCGCUGCUGGGAAUCACCAUGGACGGGUCUAUUUUGGUGCCGGUUCCGAAUUACGCACUCCCCGUCGCAGAUGUAUUUACCUCUUUAGCGACGAGCAUGAUCGAGACCAGCGGCAAUAUUGACCUGAUAUGUCUGCAACCGCGCUCAGGAAACAAGAAAACACCCGGACUCCCCUCGUGGGUGCCCGACUGGGCCGACCUCGCCGACGUCGACCGGCCGUAUGCGCACAAGAUGGCGCUGCAGGCGGGAAACAAACUGCACGACCCCAACAUCCAGCUCUUCAACACCAUCUCCGAAGGCGGGUACAGAAGCCUGGUCAGGAACGGCAUGCUCUCGUGCUCGGGCAGGCUGUACGACGUGAUAGACGGGCUCUCGGGCACGCUCGGGGCGGACGGCAAGCCCGUGGACGGCGGGGAGGCGGGGAUGGUGCAGCCCGACAACCCGACGACGUGCUACCCGGGCGUGCUCGCCACGGCCGAGGCCAUCCAGCAAUCGCUGCACCAGCUGCUGGACUGGACGCGCGAGGUGGCGGGCCGCGACCGUGCCGACGUGCUCAGCAGCUGCUGGCUCGGGGACCGGGGGCUCCCGCUGCUCGAGGCGAAGCACAGGGCGCUGGGCCGCUGGCUCGAGGCGAACCGCGACUUCGUCGUCGGCAGCGUCGAGCUGGGCCGCUGGCUGGACAUGCACCACGGCGGCUACAAGGGCCUGAUCAACCGCGUGCGCACGCAGUCGCGGACGGCGGCCCAGCAGCUGCUGUUCGAGGAGCGGGCCGACCGCUGGAUGGCCGAGGCCGAAGCCGUCCUCAAGUCCGGCAUGAGGCUGAUGACCACGGCCAGGGGCCGCGUGGGGAUGGCUCACCCGCAGGCGAGAAAGGGGGACCACGUCUGCUUGAUGGAGGGCAUGGACACCUUUGUGAUCCUCAGGCCGUACGCUGGCACGGCCGAGGAUAAGGCAAACAGGGACGCGGUGGAGCGCGAGCUAAAGUCGCAGAGGUUCGUGAAUGGGCUGACGGCCGAGACGAGAUUCUCAGAAGGGUAUCAGGUCGUGGGGGAGGCCUACGUCAAGACGCUGAUGAGGUUCGAGACUCUGAUCGUCAGCUUCCUGGCCUCGGCCACUCUGGCCGUCCCCGCAAACGGAGACGGAGCCAACGCGGCCCUGCAGGCCCGGAACCCGGUCCUCGGGAUCGGUCCGGUCCCCGCCCAGUUUGAUAAGCGCCAGAAGCGGGACAUCAAGGACAAGAUCGAGGAGGGCAAGAAGAAGUUCGAGGACCUAAAGAAGCACCUGCCCAAGCCCCCCAAAUCCAACUCUACCAAGCCGGGCAAGCCGGGCAAGGCCGAGGUCAAGCGCGCCGCGUCGGCGGAGCUCUUUAGCGAUCCCCAGGACGCCGUGGUCAAGAAGGCCGGGUCCGAGGGGGAUGACGACGGCACCAAGAAGAGCAACGACGGCAAGAAGAGCAAAGACGGCAAGAAGAAGCAUCUGCCGGGCGGCAAGAACAACACCAAGCCCGGCAAGCCUCCCAAGAAGAGCGAUCCCAACAAGGACGGCAAGCCCAAGCGCAGCGUGAACCUGCAGGAGCGCGACUCCAUGGACGCCGCUGCAGAUGAGAAGCCCGGCAAGGACUCCGAGUCCGGGAAGGGCUGCGGCAAGGACAACAAGGGUGGCAAGGACAACAAGGGUGGCAACCAGAAGCGCAGCUGGAUUGCCGAGUCCGGCAAUGACUGUGGCAACGAGGGGCAGCCCGAGGACUCCAAGAAGUCCAAGGGUCCCAAGAAGCCCAAGGGCCCCGGCAAGGGAACCAACAGCACCAGCCCCAGGCGCAAGCCCUCCAAGCCCAAGGGCAAGCGCUCUCUGCCCAUCAAGCUCCCCGCCAUUUUCUAA